AUGCAGCUGAACAACAUGACCAACCAUCAGCCUGGGGCCGGUGCCACGGAACCGCCCGCGAUCCGGCUGGUGUCCGGUAGCCUGCCGAUCUCGAUCCCGCUCUACCGGCUCCGGGACGUUAGCUUCCUGCACCCGCAGGUGGGGCAGAUGGUCGAGCCGGCAUCGAACGGGUCCGCGACAAACAACAACAAUUACGACUGCUACAAACCGUCCGCGGCGCACGGGCCGGUCAGCGCCGGUGACGCCGCGCCGGCCAACGGCCAGGGUGACCACGACCACGCCAACAUCAAGCUGGAAGCGAGCGACGGCGAGGGCAGGCCGGAUUCGCGUGACACCGGUUCGAACUAUGGCGUCUGCCAGGAUUCGCGCUCGCCACCGCCGGUGGUGGGCCCGCCCGUUCCCCGCGUGCUGCACAAUGGCCAGGCCGCACCGGAGUACGCGGAAGAGGAGGAGGAACCGGACGAGCCGGAGGGGGACGACGGUGGACGGAUGGUGAUAAUGGACGAGCCGGGGGAGGAGAGCAACGAUACGGGCGGGGCGGCCGAGGUGGACGAUUCCGAGCAGGAUGAUAAUAAGCUCGCACCGCAGGAUCAGGAAAAGAUGACGCAGGCCGUCAAAAAGGUGUUCACCGAAUACAAAUGGACGCCGCCGGUCGCACCGAUCAGGUCGCCGAGUACGAAGAAGAAGCAACACAUCAAGCGCCCGAUGAACGCGUUCAUGGUGUGGGCCCAGGCCGCCCGUCGCGAGAUGGCACAGCAGCAACCGAGGCUGCAGAAUUCGGAAAUCAGCAAGGAUUUGGGAAAAAUUUGGAAAAGUCUAACGGAUGAGGAUAAGCAGCCGUUCGUCGAGCAGGCGGAAAAGCUUCGGUUGGCCCAUAAAAGCCAACAUCCGUACUACAAGUAUCAGCCGCGGCGCAAGAAGUCGAAGCGUUGCGUUGGCGCCGGUGCCAAGUCGGGCAAGUGCUGCGAGGAUCACUACGCGGAGCUGCACGAGCUGGCGAGUCCACCGUCCAUGGACGAGGUGGCGUCGUCCGGUGAAUCUGGCAGCCCGUACCCACAGCCCAUUGGUCACCGUCCGUCGACGAGUGGGCUGUCCCGCACGCACAAGCAAUCGGCGGCCAAGGUAGCGUCCCGAGGUCGUUCGAAUGUCCGCAUCGCGGCGGCGAGUGAGGCGAAUGUGAUGGCGAGUGCCCCGUCCACCACCGCCAACUACGAGAUGGAGCUUGCGCAUGAGGGUGUGACAGACUACGGAGCUAGUGGUGCGGCUGCGCCGUAUGAGGCACCCCUCUCAGUGGAGCUGUAUUCGACCGGUGUCGAUGGAGGAGAACCCACCGGGAAUACACACACUCCCACCGAUUGUCAUUUCCUCGAUGAGGGCCAACCGCAGAGCAUGGAGGUCGUUGAUGCGCCGACGAUCACCACCGUCACAGAGCCGCCCGGCUCGACGCAACUCCACGGCCAAACGGGGGACUUUGGCAACGGGACCCGCGACUGGACGCCGGCCAUCGGCAUAACGAACGGCGUCGGGCUUGAGACGCGUGCCGCAGCCGCGAUGGAGAGUGCGACGGCUUCGUACGAGCUGCUCGGCAACCGGAACGUAUCGUCCGGCUGUAUGCCGCACUCGAGCUCCCACGUCCUGGCAGGCUAUACCUACUCCAACUAUGCCGCCUCCUACAUGCCAAACACGACGGAGUAUCACGGUGCGCAGACACAUUUCCAUCCAGCCGGCGGUGGUGGUUUCGGUGAGGCAGGACUUGCCUGCUACAGCCAACAGUCGGCCACGCACCGGUUCACAGCGCAACAGCAAUCUCGAAACAUCAACGAAGGGUCAUUUCCGCAGUACGGCCAAACGCUGCACCAGCAGCAACAUCCGACAUCGCCGUCAAUCGAGCACGGCACCGCCGGAAAACAGCGGACCGGUGAGACACCAGACCUGGAAGAGGUAAAAUAUAUCCUGCCAGGUCGCAUACCCUCAGUCACACUACACCAUGCUACUCCACAGCAUGCCGCGGAGGUCAUCAACCAUGCGGACCGAGCGCGCGACACCGUGCCGUUGCUGAUGCCAACGCACGACUACGCCGGCACGGACGUUCACGGGUACCACGGUGCCCGCCACGGUGCGGAGGAACGUCCCCCGACCGGGGGCAUCGCGAUGUUGCGCGCUGCGGACGGUCAAAUGCACGGCACCGUUCAGCAGCAGCGGCACACCACACUGCAGACGAACAACAGGAUGCACAGCACAUCGAACGGGGCGCUGUUUAGCUAUGGCGUGGGCGAGACAGGUGGCGGCCAGCAGUACAUGCCGUCAGCAAUGGCCCAUCUGCCGUACGGUGGGCAGCCCAGGAUGGAUACGCCGCCUGCUAACGUACAGCAGCAUCACGUACCGGAGCAGGUGUCACAGCAACACCAAACCUUCAGCAACCAGCAACAGGACACCUACCAGUACGGUAGCUCCCCACCGACCACCACCAUCGCCCAGGGCGGACGCAUCUCGACGGGUAGUGGUGAUGGACAGUUCUACUGA